AUGCUGUGCCUAGAGCUGCAACGUCACAUUUCCUCCAAUGAAAGUGAAAGUGUGUCUGAGCAACAGCAGAGCUGCAGUCGAGACAAGUCUCUCUGUUUCUCUCUAAAGAAACAUUCAACUGAAUCCAUCAGAUUUUUCUCAACAAAACAGCAGAAUCUCUGCCAAACCCUGAGUGUGGAUGUGUCUGCUGCCAGCUGUCUGCUGACUGAAGAUCAGUUUCUGUGCUCCAUCUGUCUGGAUGUGUUCACUGAUCCAGUCAGCACACCAUGUGGACACAACUUCUGUAAAACCUGCAUCACUGAACACUGGAAUAUUAAUGUCCUGUAUCAGUGUCCCAACUGUAAAAAGGUUUUCAACACAAAACCUGAGCUGCAGGUCAACACUUUCAUCUCUGAGAUGGCUGCUCAGUUCAGACAGUCAGCUCAACAGAAAGCCAGCAUCAGCAGCUCAGAGCAACAAGCUGCCAAACCAGGAGAAGUUCCCUGUGACGUCUGCACUGGAACCAAACUGAAGGCCCUGAAGUCCUGCCUGGUGUGUCUGGCCUCCUACUGUGUGACUCACCUGGAGCCUCAUCUGACAGCUUCACGCCUGAAAAGACAUCAGCUGAUCGACCCUGUGGAGAACCUGGAAGGUAGGAUGUGUAAGAAGCACAAUAAACUGCUGGAGCUAUUCUGUAAGACCGACCAGAUGUGUGUCUGCAUGCCCUGCAUAUAUUCAGACCACAAGACACAUGAUGUUGUUCCUCUGAAAGAAGGAUAUGAAGGAAAGAAGGCCGAGCUGGGGAAGACAGAGGCUGAAACUCAGCAGAUGAUCCAGAAGAGACGACUGAAGAUUCAGGAGAUCAAACGCUCGGUGGAGCUCAGUAAGGUUUAUGCAGACAGAGAGAUAGCAGGUGGUGUUCAGGUCUUCAGCGCUCUGAAGGAGUCUGUUGAGAGAAGCCAGGCCGAGUUCAUCGACACGAUCAAAGAGAAGCAGAGAAAGACAGAGAAACAGGCUGAAGGCUUCAUCAAAGAGCUGGAACAGGAAAUCUCUGAGCUGAAGAAGAGAAGCUCUGAGGUGGAGCAGCUCUCACGCUCUGAAGACCACCUCCACCUCCUCCAAAGACUCCUGUCCCUGAACGCUGCUCCACCCACCAAGGACUGGACAAAAGUCAGCGUUUGUCCACCUUCACAUGAGGGGACUGUGAGGAGAGCUGUGAAUCAGCUGGAGGAGACGCUCAGUGAACUGAUGAAGAAGCUGCUUGAGGCCGAGCUGAAGAGGGUCCAGCAGUAUGCAGUGGAUGUGACACUCGAUCCUGAUAUUGUACAUCCCAGACCUGCACAAUCUAAUGAUAAACAACAGGCAAAUCAAGGUAGUGACUGCAGAUGUGUCUUAUCAAAGCAGGGUUUCACUUCGGGAAAAUUUUACUUCGCUGUUCAUGUUGAAAAGUGGUCUACGUGGACUUUAGGAGUGGCCAUAAAGUUGGCCAACAUGAAAGAAAAAAUCACACUGGGUGCCACUAAUGGUUACUGGACUGUAUGCCAUAAGUGGCGUGGUGGGUUCUUUGCUCCUGCAGACCCUUCAAUCUGUUUCUCUCCGAAGUCUCAGCCUGAGAAGGUGGGGGUGUUUGUGGAUUAUGAGGAGGGUCUGGUCUCCUUUUAUGACGUUGAUGCUGCAGCUCAUAUCUACUCCUUUACUGGCUGCCGCUUCACUGAGAAACUCUACCCGUACUUUAGUCCCUGUCCGAAUGAUGGUGGUAAAAUCCACAACACUGAUUUGUGUGUAGUGCAAUGAGUGCUUUUUUUUUUUU